AAAAAUCCUAAUUAGCAAAUCCAAAAUAUAGUCACGUGAGAGCACAUGCAAUGUUCAUCUAACAAUCAAUCAAAGGUGUGAGCUCUGAGCCACCCACCGCCAUAGUCCCCGGAGCUCUCUCCUCCCAUUUGUUGCCCUAAAUUCUCACACUUUACUGUACAUCUACGCUCUCUCUCGUAAAUUUUUGUUAACAGAGAAGGAGGAGGGCUCAGUCUGUAAUGGGUUCCGAAGAAGACCAGGUUUUGGUGGAGGAGAAGCAAUAUGUGAGGACUCUGGUAUUGAAUAGGCCUAGGCAGCUCAAUGCCCUUUCUUUUCAAAUGAUUUCUCGGUUGUUGGAACUUUUCCGUGCUUAUGAGGAGGAUUCUAAUGUCAAAUUCGUGGUUGUCAAGGGGAAAGGAAGAGCCUUUUGUGCUGGUGGAGAUGUUGCUGCUGUGGUUCGUGAUCUUAAUGAAGGUAAGUGGAAAUUAGGUGCAGAAUUUUUUCGAAAGGAGUUUACCUUAAAUUACUUGAUAGCAACGUACAGUAAACCACAGGUUUCAAUUCUCAAUGGAAUUGUCAUGGGAGGUGGAGCUGGAGCUUCAAUACAUGGUAGAUUUCGAGUUGCAACUGAAACUUCGGUAUUUGCUAUGCCAGAAACAGCUUUGGGACUCUUUCCAGACGUGGGUGCCUCUUACUUCUUGUCAAGACUUCCUGGAUUCCUUGGAGAAUAUUGUGGUUUAACUGGUUCUAGAUUGGAUGGUGCGGAAAUGCUUGCUUGUGGUCUUGCAACUCACUUUGUCCCAUCAACAAGACUAUCCUUGUUAGAAGAAGACCUAUACAAGGUGGAUUCAAGUGAUCCAGUCAUCAUUUCAGAAGUUAUUGGUAAAUACUCACAGCAGCCUCAUCUAAAAGAGAAAAGUGCUUAUCUCCGGCGAGAUGUUAUUGAUAAGUGCUUCUCUCAAAGAACAGUGGAAGAUAUUUUAUCUGCCCUUGAGAGGGAGGUAAUGAAAAAACCAGAUGAUUGGAUCUCUGCAACCAUUCAAACAUUAAGAAAGGCAUCCCCAAUGAGUUUGAAAAUUUCUUUGAGAUCGAUUAGAGAAGGAAGACUUCAGGGUGUUGGUCAAUGUCUUGUACGUGAAUUUAGAAUGGUUUGUCAUGUGAUGAAAGGAGAAGUCAGCAAAGAUUUUGCAGAGGGUUGCAGAGCUCUGUUGUUAGACAAGGAUAAAAAUCCCAAGUGGAAGCCUUCCAAGCUUGAGCUCAUCAGUGAUGGUAUGGUUAAUCAAUACUUCUCGAAGGUGGACGAUGAAGAAUGGGAGGAUCUCAAGCUCCCAGCAAGAUCCAACUUGCCAGUAUCUGCUAUUGCCAAGCUUUAAGCACCUCUAUAACUAAAUUAUGCAUUGAAUAACUAGGCUGUAUUUGUGUAGAAAGUAAAUAAAUAAUCAUAAAAAGGCCUUUAUUUUGUUAUUAUGGGAUUUGCUGCUUUGUCUUUUCAUUCAUAUAGUACCAUUAUAACUGUUAAUGGAAGCUACUAAACUUAUUUCAGAUCAGUUUGGAUUUUUUGUGGCUGGGUUUAGAAAAUUGAUUUGAAAUAUUCUUGUA